AGAGACGAGUUAGACAUUAAAGUAGACAAUGUGACAUUUUACACAGACAGUAGGAUUGUGUUGGGGUACAUACACAACACCUCCAGACGAUUCUACAUGUAUGUUGCCAACAGGGUUACGCGCAUUAGAGCAUCUACCCAUCCGAGUCAAUGGCAUUAUGUACCAACUGAGUUAAAUCCAGCUGACCAAGCCACUCGGUUCAUUCCAGCAGCAGACCUGCAGAGCAGUACCUGGUUCUCAGGUCCACCCUUUCUGUACUCUGACACACACACAGAACCACACACUGGCCCUUUCACGCUCAUCGAACCUGAAAAAGACAGAGAGAUACGUCCAGAAAUAAAAGUCAUGAAAACUACUGUAGCAGAGCCACAGUUAGGUUCUAACCGUUUCAAAAAGUACUCAAACUGGACCACUCUUUGCAGAGUCAUAGCCAGACUCAUUCAUGUAGUUACAUCCUUUGCACAAAAGACAAGUGGACAAAGGGGAUGGAAAAGUUUCAGUGAGACACCAAACGUCCAAGAACUCACCCAAGCCAAAGUAGUCAUCAUUCGAGCUGUCCAACAAGAAGCUUACAAAGGGACACUUGAAAACAUUAAAGAAGGAAAGAAGGACAGUGGCAUAUUUGACACACUCAAAAAGCUCAAUCCUGUAGUGGGCAAAGACAGUCUCUUACGAGUCGGUGGACGUCUUUCCGCUGCCGAUCUCACAGAAAAUGAAAAGCACCCUCUGAUUAUCCCAUCUACCAGCCACAUCGCCAUGCUAAUUGUAACUCACUAUCAUGAACAAGUAGCUCAUCAAGGAAGACACAUAACUGAAGGAGCUAUCCGUGGUGCUGGGUACUGGAUAAUUGGAGGGAAGCGACUCGUGUCAUCAGUCAUUCAUAAGUGUGUCACAUGUCGCAAGUUGCGAGGCAAAAUGCAGAUCCAGAAAAUGGCAGACUUGCCCGCAGACCGAGUCACCCCUGAACCACCCUUUACCACUGUAGGCCUACAUGUGUUUGGGCCAUGGACAAUUGUGACGCGUCGUACAAGAGGUGGUUGUUCCCAGAACAAACGUUGGGCUGUGUUAUUCACAUGCAUGUCAACUAGGGCUGUGCAUAUCGAACUGAUAGAGACUAUGUCUGCUGAUAGUUUUAUCAAUGCAUUAAGAAGGCUCUUCUCUAUUCGGGGCCCAGCCAAGUUUCUGCGCUCAGACAGAGGCACCAAUUUUGUGGGCGCUUGUAAGGAAUUAGGGCUAAACUCAGGGAACAAAGCAGUAGGGAAGUACCUGCAAGGGAAAGGGUGUGUUUGGACAUUCAACCCCCCUCAUGCGUCUCACAUGGGAGGCUCGUGGGAGCGCCUUAUAGGGGUAGCCAGGCGCAUUCUGGAUGCAAUGUUGUCACGGACUGAACAAACACGUCUUACUCAUGAAGUGUUGUGCACCUUCAUGGCUGAGGUGAUGGCAGUUAUUAAUGCAAGGCCUCUUGUCCCCAUAUCCACUGACCCUGACAGUCCUGCAGUACUCACUCCAGGAAUGUUACUAACGCAGAAGAUGAGUGCUGUGUCUGCUCCACUCGGGAACUUUUCAUCAGGGCAGUUGUUUGGGAAACAAUGGAAACAUGUUCAACAACUUGCUGAUACCUUUUGGAAAAGGUGGAAAGGAGAAUAUUUGUCUACCUUACAAAGUCGUGCAAAAUGGACAGAGACUAGACCUAAUGUCAAAGAAGGAGAUGUGGUCCUGCUGAAGGACUCCCAAGCCAGCAGAAACGAAUGGCCCAUGGGACUAAUAGUAAAAACAUUCCCCAGCAGCGACAAGAAGGUCCGAAAAGUGGAAGUGCGGACUGUAAAAGAUGGGACUGUUAAAAUGUUUCUCAGACCAGUUUCAGAGAUUGUUGUUUUGCUUGCAGAGACUGAAUGAAUAUUCUUCGAUGCUAAAUAAUGUUUGAAUGUGUUGUAUUGAUGUUUAUUGUGAUAUAAUGUGUUAUAUCAAGCGGGGAGUGUUAUGCCUUUUGGUCAAAAGUCAGUAGUUAGUGCAUAGUCUGACUAAGUUACGUAAGCAAGGUGAUAAAUAAGUUCAAAGUUAAGAAAUAUUAUAAGUAAUUCAUGCUAAAAACAGUUAAGAUGUGUGUGUUUGAAAUUUGCUCAGAGUGAGACAUCGUUAUCACAAGCGAUCUUUGUAUUGUACGUACGGAAAUGAGAGCGAGGGAGCGCUCUGAUCAUUCACCUAUCUUUGACGUAUUUUCGCUGUUAAUGCUGUGAAAAGUGCUUCGGCAGUAUUAAAACUGUGAAUAAGCUCAUGUACAUGCUAAAAGUGCUCUACACGCUUGUACCUUGGGAAACGUUAGUCUUUGUGAGUAUUAAUGUGUUCAGAAAUAACUUUUAUAUGUGUUUACCUGGAGUUAACUGUGAUGCUAAUGUAACGCACGUGUUAAGCUAGGCUAAUCAUUAAGUUUGUCAUUAAGAUGUGUAUUAGCUAGCAAUUUAUUUUCAUAUUCUGUAUAUUUCAGUUACAAAUAAGAAAUAGAAAGGAGAAGCCUUGAGAGAGGAUAAGGCUUCAAAAGAUCUUCAUGAAAAGCAAGAAAAGCAAGCCUUGUGUGGAAGAUCUCAUCUAUUUUGUUCGCUGGCUGUCUAGCUUCACAUGGUCACGUGUCGUGAGGGCAGCACACAUAGGCUGAAUUUAUCAUAACUAUUUUAUGACCCUGAAGAAUCCUUCUGUUUGGUUCUGAUGACUGAUAGAACACUAUAAUUCACAUUUUAAAUUAAAAUAAAUAAAUAACAUGCUGGGGAUCCUAAUUCAGGGGCACUGCCAUUGGGUGAGAGACGAGGUACCCCAGUGAGUCACAGGGCUAACACAAAGAGACGGGCUGCCAUUCACACUUAGUGAUUCAGGCUGUGGGAGGAAGUCUGUGUACCUGAAGAGAACCCACACAGACACUGGCCAGAUGAGGACUCAAACCCAGGACCUUUGUGAUAUUUAUUUAAUUUUAAAAAUUGUCUUCAGUUAACUGUUCCUGAUAUGAAGACAUGAAAAUGCAAUUAGGUCUGUAUGUUUUUGUAAAAUGUCUCUG